AUGGCUACAUCAACGCGUGCUUCAGAAUCUACACCAUCAGAUCACCUAAAUGCCAUUAUUACCAAAACUUCUCAAGAAAUUCCAGUGACAAAGAUUAAAGAAGGAAAACGGAAGACGAAUAGUGGGGACAAUCGUGCAGCACUAAAGAAACAAAAAACCGUGAAAGAGCAAAAGACUGUGAAAGAUAUAUUGAAGGAGUUGCCUUCAAUAAACACUAGAUCAACACCUGGAUUGAUGACAUAUGCUGUAAGUUCUUUGACAUCAGAACAAAAAGAUUGGGUGAAACGGAUGGGAUUUAAAGCCUUUUUGAAGAUCAACAUUAAGAGUAUUCCCUUAAAACUUUGCCAUUUUGUGCUUAAGCAUUACGAUGAAGGCACAAACAGUAUUCUGAUUAAAGGAAAAAGAAUAAAGAUCACAAAGGAAAAAAUUCAUAAAGUGUUUGGUUUACCCAAAACUGGAAAAAGCUUAUUUGAUUUGGACAAGGUUAGUGAAAAUCAUCAAGUGUUUGAUGGAUGGAUGAAGGAACUUGAGAAUGGAAAGGCAAAUGCAACAAAUUACAAGAAGAUUAUUCAAAAAUCCGAACAAGUGGAUAUGAAUUUCAAGCUGGGUUUCAUAGCUUUAUUCGUUAAUACGUUUGCAGAAUCCAUUCCUAUGGGGACAAACAACUUAGUUCCAGUUAGAGCACUUGUUGAACUAAUAUACUGUGAUGAAAUUGAAUGCAAGCUCCAAAAAAUAGAACGUAAAACACCAUUAGUUACGAUGUGGACAGCAGAUAAGUUGAAGGAAAGACAAUCUUUUGAGAUUGAAGCUGGUGGAUUUGGGUUGGGAAUCUAA